CACUCCAAAACCACAGGCUGUCCUCACCAAACUGAGAUGGGAUGCUCAAAAAGAUCGAUUAAAAUUAAACAAAAACUUUUUAGGUCAUCGGUGCCCUGAGUUUUUAAAGGAGUAUUUGCAGUAUGGCAGGAGUUUUCUGCAGGCAGCAGAAGACUCCCUCCUCUGCAGUCAGCUGCCACGCUACAGGUUUCUAUCCUGACAGAGGUAUGAUGUUCUGGAGGAAAGAUGGAGAGAAGAUCCAUGAAGGUGUGGAUCCGGGAGAGAUCCUCCCCAACAAUGAUGGGACCUUCCAGUUGAGUGUUGAUUUGAAACUUUCAUCAGUCACACCUGAAGACUGGCAGAGGUACGACUGUGUGUUUCAGUUCUCUAGUGUGAACGAGGACAUCAUCACCAAACUGGACAAAACAGCGAUCAGGACCAACUGGGAAAAGCCCACUGACAUGGGAACCUUCAUCGGUGCUGCAGUGAUUGUUCUAGCUUUCACCAUCGUCACAGCUGUGACAUUCUUGACCUACAUAAAUAAAAAAUCUCCUGACGAUGGCUCUGAGCAGUCUGAGAGACUAAAUCCACAAAGCUGACUGUCCUAAGAAGUUCUUCACUCCGCUCUCUGUAUGACUUUCCUCCAGUUGCUGCUGUCACCUCAGUGUUUCAAAUACAUAUGUUAAAAACACCAGUGAAUCAAUUAGGCACAGUUAAUGAUCACAUUCUGCUGCACUUGUUGUAAAUUAGUGCAUGGUCAGACAUCUGUAUGCAGCUCCUGUGUGUACAUUUCAUGCAUUUGUGAUUUUAUUUUGCUUCAGUAUGUAGUCAUGGUAUCGAUGCAGCGGUAUCACAAGUCUUCUACAAAGCAAAACUAACUUUAUUGAUGGAUAUGUAUGUGAUGAUGACCGUUUGUUAGAACUGAAGUGUGUAGUUUUAUUGAGAAAUUGGAAAUGUACAAAGCAUGUGGUAUUUUCCAAAUGAUACCAACAUAUCUGAAGGAUGAAAGCAACAGACUCUCAUUUGGAAAUAAAAUUUUGUCAUUUUAUUAUUUCAUUAUAUAGUUCUAUGAAAAUGACUUGCCCUUAUUUUGCUGGAUUUGAUUUGUGAGGUCACAUGAUCUUGAUCUUGACCACCCCUGGGCUAUGUCCUAAGAUCAAAAACAUACAGUUACAACGGAAAUAGGAAAAAACAAAACAGAAAUAGGAAAAAACAGAUUUCCAAAAGCACAAGGGAAGUGUUUCUGGGGAGAUAAUAACCCGAUGGACCAGUUGCAGGAACCAAAAUAGACAGAAGACACUUCAAAGAAGUGGUGGAUCUAUCGGUUUUGUGAGGAAAGAAAAGAUGAGAGGUAAGUGUGUUAGCCUAACGAUUAGCCAGAAAAACCAUCAUCAGUAUUAUAUGAAUCAUGAUAAAACACACCUACCAUGUUUUGAAAUAAGACACAAUCAGCUGCAGAGUAACAUUUCAGUGAGAUAAAGGAACUUGUCUUUAGACAGUGCAUCUUGGAUCUGGAGAAUUUUCACUUGCUCAAUUGGCAAAUUCUCCAGAUUGAAGAUGCACUGAAUCACAUGACCCCCUAUGAACA